AUGAAAUUCGCCGUUGGUAUCACCUUCCUCGCCACCCAGCUCGCUGGGGGUCUCUGUGUCGCCGUUGCCAACGAUGCCGCCGCUGCAGAAUGUGGCGCACUCGGUGUCAUGGUAGCCGACGAGAGCAAUCAUGCGAGCGACGUCCGCAAAUGUGCUGACCAUCCCAUUAAACAUGAAGAUCGCAGAAAGACAUGGGAAUCCUUAGCACCAUUCGACCAUGUCGACACUUCAACCGGUACCCUGACCACUAGAAACGAGAACGUGUGCGACUACGACGCGCCUUCCGGCUGUUCAGGAGGGUACUGUUGGAAGACUUGUGAGGCCGGCACCCCCGAUGAGGGAAAGUGGUGUUGGACAGCUGCAGGCGAUGGGUCUGGGAAUUGGUUGACGUGCAAGUCGUACGCUGAUUGCAGCGUGAAUGCAUCGUGUGGGAUUGGGUGUGCUAGUUGCGGCUGCAGGUGCUAA